AUGUACGGCAUGCUAUAUGAGAGCGUGCAGCAUUAUGUACAGGAGGAGUACGGCAUGGAGACAUGGAGGAAGAUUUGCCAGAUAGUUGACUGUAAGCACACUAGCUUCAAAACGCAUCAGAUAUAUCCGGAUAAAUUGAUGCCGGAUAUUGCAGCUGCGUUGUCCGCCUGUACGGGAGAGUCCUUUGACUUUUGCAUGAACUUUUUUGGCAAAUGUUUCGUGCGAUUCUUUAGUAAUUUCGGUUAUGACAAGAUGAUACGCUCGACGGGUCGCUACUUCUGCGACUUUCUGCAGUCCAUUGAUAAUAUUCACCUGCAAAUGAGAUUCACAUAUCCAAAGAUGAAGUCGCCCAGUAUGCAGCUGACUAACAUGGAUGAUGAUGGAGCUGUUAUACUGUAUAGAAGCGGACGCACAGGCAUGUCCAAAUACCUUAUAGGACAAAUGACGGAGGUAGCAAGGGAGUUCUAUGGCUUAAAGGUAUCCGCCUAUGUUAUUGAGAGUCAAAAUGAUAUUUGUGGCGGAACCGCGGGACCAAUUAAGAUUACUGAAGGCCCAUUAACUGUCAUUGUUAAAUACCGUUUGGAUUUUGAUAAUCGCGAUUAUAUGGCCAAGCGUGUUAACAUUGUGGCUCAUCCAUCGCAACUGAAAAUGCCAUCAGUGGAUCUGAAUGUGUUCCUCGAGCUGUUUCCCUUCACGGUUGUUCUUAAUCAUGAUAUGAAAAUAACGCUGGCGGGCGAGAAGAUUAUUGAGACGUGGAUACUGCACAAUCCUGGUGUGAAUCCCAAGAGCUUUAUUGGCACCCAUGUCAUGGAUGCCUUCAAAUGCCGGCGACCAAAAGACACAAAAAUCGAAUGGGAAACCAUUCUACAAAUGAGAACAGUUCUUUUCGAGUUUGAGCUUAUACGCACUGGACACAAUCGAGCUGCCUACGAUGCGGCACUUAAUAUGGACUAUGGCAACUACGAAGAUGAAGACAGUUUGAACGAGGCCCAGACCAUGGCAGUGGCAAAGGCCCACGAGUUUGAAAAGGAGCAUGAGAACGAUAUUGAAGAAGCAGCAGCGACGAAGGAGGAAAUCGAUCCUGCCACUGGACAGCGUCGACAGUCAGUUGGACUAAGAUCCAUUUUACUAAAAGGGCAAAUGUUUUAUAUUAAGGAUGUUGACUCGUUGAUAUUUUUAUGUAGUCCUUUGAUAGAGAAUCUCGAUGAGCUGCAUGGCAUUGGCUUGUAUCUAAAUGAUCUCAAUCCCCAUGGCCUGAGUCGUGAACUUGUCAUGGCGGGCUGGCAACACUGCUCCAAGCUGGAGAUGCUGUUUGAAAAAGAGGAGCAACGCUCUGAUGAGUUGGAAAAGUCUUUAGAGUUGGCCGACUCCUGGAAGCGUCAAGGAGACGAGCUUUUAUACUCCAUGAUACCACGUCCGAUUGCAGAGCGUAUGAGAAUGAGUCAAGAACAUGUCUGUCAGAGCUUUGAGGAAGUCUCCGUCAUUUUCAUUGAGGCAAUGAAUAUCUGCGACAGUGGCUCAAACAACAUACAGGAAGCCAUGCAGGCAGUUAACACUCUUAACAAGGUUUUCUCUGCACUGGACGAGGAGAUCAUAUCCCCCUUUGUCUACAAGGUAGAAACUGUGGGCAUGGUCUACAUGGCAGUGUCUGGAGCUCCAGAUAUCAAUCCUUUGCAUGCGGAACACGCCUGCGAUCUUGCCCUGCGUGUGGUCAAGAAGCUAAAAGCUCACAAUCUACCAGAUGUGGCUAUUCGUGUGGGCAUCAACUCUGGUCCAGUGGUGGCAGGAGUUGUUGGUCUAAAGGUGCCUCGGUACUGUCUAUUUGGAGACACUGUAAACACGGCUUCACGAAUGGAGAGCAGCUGCGAUCCCUGGAAGAUUCAAUUGUCCAACUACACGGCAUUGAAGGUGCGUGAGGUAGGCUACAAAGUGGAGCCGAGAGGAUUUGUGAAAGUCAAGGGCAAAGGGGAUAUGGAGACCUAUUGGCUGAUGAAGGGACCAGAAUAAAAUUAUACCUUUUAGUUACAUGUACUAUUA